AUGGUUGGACAGUUAACCUCUGUAUUCAGAAAUACUGAUGUGCCCAUUGAAUGGGAAGAGCGCUAUGUUAGGCAGGAAAUAGAUCCUAGAACCCAGAGUUUUCUAACACUGGUAAAUCUAGAAUCAGUCCGAAAAAGUAAGGUCAGCUUAAAAGGAUCGACGGCCACACCGAUUGGAAAAGGUCAUCAUUCGUUGAACCUCACUUUUAGGAAAGAGCUAAACUUGUAUGCCAAUGUUAGGCUGUGCUACAGUCUCCCUGGAUACAAGACUUGGUAUGAUGAUGUUACUCUCAUCACUAUUCAUGAAAACACUGAAGGAGAGUAUAGCGGUCUUGAACAUCAAGCAAGCCUGUUUGAACAAUUUGAUGGUGGGGGGGGGCUUGCUGAAAGCCUCAAGAUCAUUACUCGUCAAACAAGUUUGAGGGUGGCCGAGUAUGCUUUUCAUUAUCCCAAGACCCAUGGAAUGAUGGAAGAGAGAGAGUGUCUGCAAUACACAAAGCUAACAUCAUGCAGAAAACUGAUGGAUUUUUUUGAUGGUCUUCCUGGUUUUAAGCACAUAAACUUAGAGUACCCUGAGAUAAAAUACGAGGAAGUUUUCAUUGACAAUUGUUGUAUGAUGGGAGUUUAUGGCCAAAAAAUCAAGAAAGGAAGGGAACACAUUAAAGCUCGGGCAAGCUUUGUCAAAGCUUCAACUGUCCAAUUGCCUAGCCAUCAAAUAGGGUGGUUACUAGAGUGCGCUAUAGACUGA